GGUCUUCAGGUUUAAAGCCCCGCGUUCUUCCAGAGUGCCGACAACAAAAUCAUCUUCCUGAACUCCUUCAAGAUGAAACUCUCCAUCAUCUUUGGGGUUGUGCACAUGGCCUUCGGCGUGUGUCUCAGUGUGGUCAAUUUCGUACAUUUCAAGAAGUACUCGCACAUUCUCCUGGAUUUCCUGCCGAAAAUCCUCUUCUUCGGCUUCCUCUUCGUGUAUCUGGUGAUAAUGAUUUUCAUGAAAUGGGGCAACUACUCCGCAAUGAACGACUACGAGAUCGACACCAUACAUGGUUCCUCCUGUGCGCCCAACGUUCUGAUCUUCUUCAUCGGGAUGAUGCUGUUCAAGGCACCCACUAGCAAUGUGCCCUGCGAGGACUACAUGUAUGGCGGGCAGCAGACGUUGCAACGCAUUCUGGUGGUUCUGGCUGUAGUCUGCAUUCCCUGGAUGCUUCUAGGGGUGCCCAUACACGAGAUCAUGUCCAGGAAGAAAAAGCCUGCCCCCAGAGUCACCCGCCAGGUGAACGGGCACACUUCGCGAGCUGCCAGCAUUACGGAGCUGGAAACCAUUCCUGAAAGCAGCGUUCUGCCCUCACACGAAGAAGAGCCCCUAAGCGACCUGAUGGUGCAUGCAGGAAUCCACACCAUCGAGUUCACUUUGAGCACAGUCUCCCACACUGCGUCAUAUCUUCGGCUGUGGGCCUUAUCGCUAGCGCACGCCCAGUUAUCUGAUGUCCUCUGGGACAUGGUGCUGCGCAAGGCGCUGGUGACGUUGUCGCAUCCCUACACUGGAGGAGUCGCCAUCUACAUCAUCUUCUUCGCCUGGUCCAGCAUUACCGUGGGGAUUCUGGUGCUGAUGGAGGGCCUUUCGGCUUUCCUGCAUACUUUGCGUCUGCACUGGGUGGAAUUUAUGACCAAGUUCUUUGAGGGGCAGGGCUACGAUUUUGAGCCUUUCAGCUUCAAGAGGCUGCUGGAGGCCGAUGAGGAAAACGCCCGAGAUUAACACCAGCAAACUGUUGCCUGGAUGUUAUUAAACUGCAUUAACAAUAAAAAAACUGGAUUUU